ACGUUAUUCGAAAUGUGGGUUACAAUUUGGGAUGGAAGAAGUAUUUGGUAUCAUUUUAUUUUAAAAAUGAACUGUACAAAAAACAAAGCACCUUGUUCAAGUAUUGAAAUGAAAAUACAAUCUUUUGUUGCAUAUCACUCAAACUCUUUUGGUUGUGUGGUCAAAUAUUUGACCAAAAUAAGAAGUAUUGCAAUUAGAGAGGUGUGUGAGAUGUGUUAGGUUCGAGCCAAGAUGCGGGAGUUUACCGAGGGAAGGAGAAAGUUAGCGGAAGCAUGAAUAAGGGUUUGAAUGUUUAUGCAGCCAUGGUGCACUGGUUUUUUUAUUCGGAGUAAUUUUGACGCCAAAGAUCAAAUCGCAGGAACUGAUUAAUUAAUGGAGGGAGGGAAGUUGUGAGUCUGUUCAGACAGUCGAUGAAGAAGAAUUAGAAGACAAACCAAUAGACGCCACGCUCUAAUCAGAAGUCGACGAUCAACGAAGGCUUGAAUUGCAGUUGCUCUGACUUGCUGUUGUAGACGACUGGGGAGUGUGAAGGGGGACUGAGGGCUCGCUCUUGUCCCCUCCAAAUGAGUUGCAAACAAGUAGAGAUAACUGGUUGGGAAUAAUGAGCACUGAAGUUCAUUCCCCAUUCCUUGGAGUUCCGCUUAAGUGCACUGUUUUAGGAAGAAGAAACAAGGCGGAUUAUGCUUACCCAAGGGGUGUUAAAUUAAAACCCCUCCAUAAGGGUUCAAAUUUCCAAUCAUGUAGAUGUGCAAGGAGACACGAUUGGGUCUUCCAGGGCAGAAAAUUAUUGCACUUCUGCAGGGAAAACCAUCAUUCAUUAUGGAAGAAUCUGGAAAUACGGAGCAGUUGGAUGAUUAACUCUGUCAAGGAGUCCAUUGUGGUACAAAGCAAGACUUUGGUCAAGUUCAUGACUCUAGCGUGGAAGAACGGAUUAUUUCAUUUUGCAGUGCUCUUCUAUUUGUUGGUUUGGUAUGGCAAGUCUAAAGCAAAAUGUUACAUAGAAGCCAAUCUGCUGCCUUCAGUAUGUAUGCUACUGAACGAUCAAAUUCAACGAGAAUUCAAUUUCGGUAAGGUUCAAAGAAUUUCACCUUUAAGCAUUACUUUGGAGUCCUGCUCUAUUGGGCCUCAUAGUGAGGAAUUCUCUUGUGGUGAGGUAUCCACUGUCAAAUUACGAAUUCGUCCUUUUGCGAGUGUGAGAAUGGGAAAAGUUGUUAUUGACGCUGUUUUGACCAAUCCAAGUUUAUUGGUAGCACAGAAGAAGGACUUUACUUGGUUGGGGAUACCUUAUUCGGAAGGAAUUCCCCAGAGGCACUUGUCUGCCAAUGAAGUAAUCAACUAUCGUACAAAAACUAGGAUGAUUGCAAGGGAGGAAGCUGCUUCCAGAUGGGAACGGGAAAGAGAUGAUGCAGCUAGACAAUCUGCUGAAAAGGGUUAUAAUAUUUCUGAAUGCAAUUUUGUUAUGCCUGAUGUUGAAGAUUUGAAGGAAAGUACGAGUCUUCCUACUAGGUCAGGGACUCAUGACAAUUUCCUUUUUAAUGAUAAGAAGUUGUACUGGAGAGAUCAUCAUUGGAUGGAUGCUGGUGCUGAGUAUGUUCUGAAGCAUGCUGAUUUAGAGAAAUCAUUUGGUGCAAAAAUUUCACCCCCUGAAACCAGCAUCUGGUCCAGAGUCAUGCCAGGAUUUGUUAGGCGUAAGUUCAAUAAGAAGGCUAACAGAAGAGAUUUACCUAGUUCAGGUGUUGCUUCAAAAAGAAGACUUCUUGAGCAUAGUGCAUACGCUGCUCGUUUAUAUUUUCACGAACAAUCUGAAGAGUCAAGAAACUCCACUGAUGGAUCUACAGGUUUUGGUCAAAAUUUGAAGAUCUAUUCGACCCAAAAUGGAGAAAAAGAAACUGCAUCUACUUCCGCAGUAUCCGGUUCUGAAGGAGAUGCAGGACCUGAGUAUCAGGUUCUGAAGUUUGAUAAUACUAAAGCAGAAAAUAGUGAAGUAUUACCAAAUGAGGUAAUCUCUGAGACGAGGAACAAGUCGAACAAUCUCUCUGUAUCUAGAGGAGACUUAGGAAUGCACUCUAGGAAUCAAACGAAUAACUUGCGAUACCCUUUUGUUUUUACUUUUAGUAAAUCUACAGACUCGAAUGACAUAUUUUCAUCAGUCAGAAGUGUUGAAGGAAUUGGAGUCACCAAGAACCCUUCCGCACAUAUUACACUAGAAGAUGAUAACAUUAACACAGAUGUUGCAAAUGUAACAGUCAGAUCAGUUGAGGAGGCAAAGAUUGCUAAGGAUGAUAUGUUGUACAAUGAAGGGGGAAAUCCUUCUGGCAGGUCUAGUCUGACAGAACUCAAGUUUUCAAAAUCAGUGAACAGUUUUGGAAGUUCUCUCUUGAGCCCUGAAUCAGGUUUAUCCUCUGCCUUUAAAAACAUCUGUGAGGCAUGGACUUGUUUACUUAAUCCUUUGAAAUGGCUGAAAUAUGAGAUCGGUGUGGGAGCUGUGGAUAUGUCCACAGAACUACCUGAUCAGACUGGUGAAGAAAAUUCUUCUGGCAUAGAUGAAAAGAUUCCUCUUGUCCUUGAUUCUGUGCAUUUUAAAGGUGGUACACUGAUGCUACUCGCAUAUGGUGAUGCUGAACCAAGAGAAAUGGAAAUUUCAAGUGGACAUAUGAAGUUCCUAAGUCACUACGGGCGUGUCCACGUGCAUCUCAGUGGAAAUUGUAAGAUGUGGAGAUCAGACUUGAUCUCUGAAGAUGGUGGAUGGUUGUCCACAGAUGUUUAUGUUGAUAUCAUUGAGCAGAAAUGGCAUGCUAACUUGAAAAUAGCAAAUCUAUUUGUUCCGCUUUUUGAGAGAAUUUUAGACCUCCCAAUCACAUGGUCUAAAGGGAGAGCUAGCGGUGAGGUUCAUAUAUGCAUGUCAGAAGGAGAAACGUUUCCUAACCUUCACGGGCAGCUUGAUGUAACAGGGUUGGCCUUUCAGAUAUAUGAUGCUCCGUCAUGGUUUUCUGAUAUGUCUGCAAGUUUGUUUUUCCGUGCCCAGAGGAUAUUCGUGCACAACGCCAGUGGAUGGUUUGGUGAUAUCCCAUUAGAAGCAUCUGGGGACUUUGGCAUUGAUCCAGAGGAAGGAGAAUAUCAUUUAAUGUGUCAGGUUCCAUCUGUAGAAGUGAAUGCCCUGAUGAAAACAUUCAAGAUGAAGCCUUUGUUUUUUCCGAUGGCAGGAUCUGUAACAGCUGUGUUCAAUUGCCAAGGCCCAUUGGAGGCUCCUGUUUUUGUGGGAAGUGCAUUGGUCUCAAGGAAAUUCACCCAUUUGCCUGCUGAUAUUUCUCAAUCAGCUGCAUAUGAGGCAUUGAUGAACAACAAAGAGGCUGGUGCAGUGGCAGCAAUUGACCAUGUUCCGUUCUCUUAUAUUUCGGCCAACUUUACUUUUAACACUGAUAAUUGUGUUGCUGACCUCUAUGGGAUCAAAGCUACUCUUGUUGAUGGUGGUGAAAUUCGUGGAGCAGGAAAUGCUUGGAUUUGUCCAGAGGGUGAGGUUGAUGACAAAGCUAUGGAUUUUAAUUUUUCGGGCAACUUGUGUUUUGAUAGAAUUAUGCAUCGCUAUGAAUCUGGUUAUCUUCAUACAGUGCCCUUUAAAUUAGGGGAUCUGAAUGGUGAAACAAAAGUUUCUGGCUCGCUGUUAAGACCGAGAUUUGAUAUCAAGUGGACUGCACCAAGAGCUGAAGGAUCACUUUCUGAUGCCCAUGGAGAUGUUAUCAUUUCACAUGACCACAUAUCUAUCAAUUCUUGGUCUCCUGCUUUUGAAUUGAGUACAAAAGUUUCAACAUCAUAUCCUGACGAGAACUGCUUAAACUGGAGAGAGUAUGGCAAAACAGGUGCCAUUCCAUUCUCCGUUGAAGGGGUUGAAUUGGAUCUACGAUUGCACAACUUUGAAUUUUUCAACAUGGUUUCUUCUUAUGCAUUUGAUUCUCCAAGGCCCGUGCAUUUGAGAGCAACCGGAAGAAUUAAGUUUCAAGGAGAAGUUGCCAAGAUUUCCAGCAGUGUUGAUAGUGGAGUCUUUCGAUCUGAUAAGUAUUUAGAAUUACCCAUGGAUUGUGAUGAAGAUGCAAAGAGGAUUUCUGGUGAUAUAUCAAUAUCAGGUCUAAAACUCAAUCAAUUGAUGCUUGCUCCUCAGUUAGCUGGAGUAUUGAACAUAAGGUCGAAGGGUAUAAAGGAUGAAAAUUCAAAAGGAAAAAUAAAAUAUGCUGCCUAUACAUGUUCACUCCCUACAAUAUAUGGAAUCUUAACGUAUUUGUUUUCCAGUGUCCUUGGAAAUAUCAUUCUACCCUCUUGUUAUUUGGUGGCUACUGGUCGACCAGAUGAACGUCUUGCAGUAGAACUUGUGGGACUGUUGCCGUCAACUUCUGAAGAAAAUCUAGCUGGGCAGUUGCUCUCUUUUUCUCUGCAGAAAGGUCACCUGAAUGCUAGUGCAUGUUAUCGACCACAACACUCAGCUAGCUUGGAGGUGCGGCAUUUGCCACUGGAUGAACUGGAGCUAGCCUCACUUCGUGGAGACAUUUUGAGGGCAGAACUUCAAUUGAACUUCCAGAAAAGAAGGGGCCACGGUGUGUUAUCUGUUCUGCAGCCAAAGUUCAGUGGGGUAUUGGGUGAAGCUCUAGAUGUGGCUGCUAGAUGGAGUGGAGAUGUGAUCACCGUUGAAAGUGCUAUCUUGGAACAAAGCAAUAGCAAAUAUGAACUACAAGGAGAGUAUGUAUUGCCUGGUUCCCGGGAUCGAAGCCCUGUGAGAAAGGAAAUAGGUAGCUUGUUCGACAAAGUAAUGACUCGUCAUUUAGGGAGCAUAGUCUCUUCUAUGGGUAGAUGGAGGAUGAGACUAGAGGUACCUAAUGCUGAAAUAGCAGAGAUGCUUCCACUUGCUAGGCUUCUUUCUCGAAGUUCUGAUCCUGCUGUUCAGUAUAGAUCGAAGGACCUCUUCAUAAAAAGUUUGCACUCAGUUGGACUGUGUGCUGAAAGCCUUCAGAAACUCCUCGAGGAAUUUCGAGGACAUUGUGCCACAUCAUAUGAAGUUGUCCUUGACAAUUUCGAUCUUCCAGGUUUAGCUGAACUUAAAGGUCGCUGGCGUGGCUCUUUGGAUGCUAGUGGAGGAGGCACUGGUGAUACGACGGCAGAGUUUGACUUUCAUGGAGAGGAAUGGGAGUGGGGCUCAUACACAACCCAGCGCAUUUUAGCAGCUGGUAUGUACAACAACAAUGAUGGUUUGCGUCUUGAAAGGAUCUUCAUCCAAAAGGAUAAUGCAACAAUCCAUGCGGAUGGGACUGUAUUAGGGCCAAAGACAAAUUUGCAUUUUGCUGUUCUGAAUUUCCCUGUCAGUUUGGUUCCCACUCUCGUUCAGGUUAUUGAAAAUUCAGCCACUGAAGUCGUUCACUCCCUGAGGAAAUUGUUAGCACCUAUUAAAGGUAUCCUACACAUGGAAGGUGAUCUGAAGGGAAAUCUAGCCAAACCUGAAUGCGAUGUCCAAGUCAGGCUCUUGGAUGGGUCAAUUGGGGGAAUCGAACUUGGGAGGACUGAAAUCGUUGCUUCUUUAACCUCGACUAGCCGUUUCCUAUUUAAUGCGAAAUUAGAACCCAUUGUUCAAUAUGGCCACGUACUUAUUCAAGGAAGUAUUCCUCUAACACUUGUUCAAGACAAUGUUAUGGAGGAAGAAAGCACUGAAAGGGAAGCCACAUGGGUUGGAGGUUGGGAUACAGAGAGAAGUAAGACUUCUGCUGAUGAGGGUAAUGAAAGAAAAGGAUCAAGAGAAAAGAAUCAAGAGGUUUGGGAUACACAACUGGCAGAGAGCCUCAAGGGUUUAAACUGGAACAUAUUGGAUGCAGGCGAAGUUAGGAUUGAUGCUGACAUCAAAGAUGGUGGCAUGAUGUUACUAACAGCAUUAUCUCCUUAUGCUAACUGGCUCCACGGAAAUGCUGAAGUUAUGCUUCAGGUAAGGGGUACCGUGGAGAAACCAGUGCUGGAUGGUUCUGCCUAUUUUAACCGGGCAAUUGUGUCUUCACCUGUACUUAGUAAACCAAUUACCAAUUUUGGAGGAACUGUUCAUGUAAAUUCAAAUAGACUAUGUAUUGGCUCAUUGGAGGGCAGGGUAAGCAGAAAGGGGAAAUUGUCUUUAAAAGGGAAUCUGCCCCUCAGUGCUAGUGAAGCAUCUCCCGGCGAUAAACUUGACUUAAAAUGUGAGGUCCUGGAAGUGCGUGCAAGGAACAUAUUGAGUGGUCAGGUUGAUACUCAGUUGCAAAUAACUGGAUCUAUCAUGCAACCAAACAUCUCUGGAAAGAUAAAGGUCAGCCACGGAGAAGCUUAUCUGCCCCAUGACAAGGGUAGUAGUGGAGUUGCUGCCUUCAAUAGGGAAACAACAAAUGAACCUAGACUGCCAGCUAGUGGUUAUGGUCACAUGGUUGCAUCAAAGUAUGUUUCACGUUUUCUUAACCUAGUACCAGCAUCCUCAAAUAGCUCAUUCCACCAAUCAUCUGGUGAACAUGAUGAAGUUGAAAAGGAGAUGGUGCUGGUAAACAGCAGACCAAAGCUUGAUAUUCGCCUAACAGACCUAAGGAUUGGUCUUGGGCCAGAACUGAGGAUAGUUUAUCCUUUGAUUCUCAAUUUUGCAGUCAGUGGAGAACUCGAAUUAAAUGGUCCAGCUCAUCCCAAAUGUAUAAAGCCUAAAGGUGUUUUGACAUUCGAGAAUGGUGAUGUGAAUCUCGUUGCGACACAAGUGAGGCUCAAACGGGAGCAUCUUAAUAUUGCCAAAUUUGAGCCUGACAAUGGUCUUGAUCCGAUGCUUGAUCUAGCCCUGGUGGGAUCAGAAUGGCAGUUUAGAAUUCAAAGUCGAGCUAGCAACUGGCAGGAAAAGUUGGUCAUGACCUCAACACGUUCAGCGGAGCAAGAUGUUCUUUCAACUACUGAGGCUGCCAGAGUUUUUGAAAGUCAGUUAGCUGAAUCAAUAUUGGAAGGUGAUGGUAAGCUUGCUUUUAAGAAGCUUGCAACUGCUACACUCGGGACAUUGAUGCCGAGGAUAGAAGGCAAGGGGGAAUUCGGGCAGGCUAGGUGGAGACUAGUUUACGCUCCCCAGAUCCCGAGUUUGCUCUCUGUGGACCCCACAGUCGAUCCUCUCAAGUCUCUAGCAAGCAACAUUUCAUUUGGGACUGAAGUAGAAGUUCAGCUGGGGAAGCGUCUUCAGGCGUCGGUAGUUAGGCAGAUGAAGGAUUCGGAGACGACUAUGCAAUGGACCUUGAUUUACCAGCUCACUAGCCGUUUGCACGUGCUCAUACAAUCUGCCCCAUCCAAACGACUCCUAUUUGAAUAUUCGACAAAUUCACAGGACUAGGGAUGGAGGAUACACUACUUCAUAGGAGGAAGAAGAAGCAUUUGAUUCAUUUUCUUCAUUGAAUUUUGACUGUGUAAAUCAAUUGAUUCUUGUAAAUAGAGUUGCUGUUCUUUGCUUGCCAAAGCUUCCUUUUGUUAAAAAGCUUCAUUUUCUGAUCUACUUGUUCUAGUGGCAACAAAAUUACAGUGCAUAAUUUCAAGCGGUCUGGUUCAUGAUCCAUUAAUUUACUCCGACUCGCUCCAAGUUCGGUCUGGAUUUGGACCAAUGCGAAUCCUUUCACCGUCCCUCCGGGAAAAAAUGCGUUGUAGGGCU